AUGGCAGGAAACGCUGCGACUCGUCCAGUGACCAGAUCAUCGGCACAGAAUGCUACUGGGGCAUCGCGUAGAGCAUUGGGAGAUGUUUCGAACCAGGCGUCGACCAGCAACAAUGAGCUGGCUAAUAAAUCAACCCGUCGGUCGCAAAGGUUGUCUUCAAGCGCCAAUCAAAGUCAAAGCAGACCCGAGGAUGAAACAACGACGAGUGUUGCAGCGCCGAGACGAUCACGCCGAUUAUCCAAUGCUGCAUCCAAUGAAGAUACAUCCACCCAGAAUGCUACAGCAACUGCAACCAGGUCGGAACCAUCCAACAAGCGAUCACGUAGAACAUCUUCACGAGGCGCAAAGAGGUCACGAUCUUUGAAUUCGGACAGUUCAGGACCAGCACGAAAAAGUCGACGAAAUUCGGCACCUAGGAAUGGAAGUCGCGGAGAACCUACAGUACGCAGACAACUUUGCGCGGAUAUCAUCAACACUGGACAUGUUCUACAAAGACACCCCUUUGAUGCUUCCAAGUAUGUAGCGGGGGUUUCUGUACACGACAACGAUAAGAGUGACGAUCCACAAGAGGCGCAUGAGUAUGUCACCGAUAUCUUUCAGCGACUCUUUGAUUCAGAGUCAAAAUCCAGUCCACGCCCUUUCAUAAAUAGUCAACCAGCAUUGAACACUUUGAUGCGAGAAAUUCUGAUUGAUUGGUUGGUCGAAGUCCACAUGAAGUUUCGACUUCUGCCCGAGACUCUUUACUUGUCUGUCAAUAUCCUAGAUAGAUAUUUGAACAAGGAAACGGUACCUCGGAGAAAGCUGCAGUUGGUUGGGGUAACAUCGCUCCUUCUGGCUUGCAAGUACGAAGAGAUCUAUCCUCCCGAAGUCAAAGACUGUGUGUAUAUCACUGAUCGUGCAUACACUCGACAGGACGUUCUCGACAUGGAAGCCCACAUUGUGAUGACUCUUGAAUUUAGACUGAGUGUGUCUACUGGGUACCCCUUCUUGAAACGAUACUUGGACAUCAUGAAGGCAUCCUCUACUGCAAAAAAUCUUGCCAGCUUCUACAUGGAGCGAACCUUGCAAGAACACGAAAGUCUGCAGUUCAGACCAUCUGUGCUAGCAGCAGCUGCCGUUUCCCUUGCCAUGAGCAACCCAGAUAUUGUCGAAUUUGCCGAAAAUGACGACGAAGGCCACCAACCGGGCAUCCCAAAGAAGUUGAUUCGAUACACUGGCUUUUCCAUCUGUGAGAUCCGCGAUGCUGCUUCUCUCAUGGAACGAACAGUCCCAGAAACGACAUCAACAAAUGCUCGACGGACUCUUGCUGCUGUGAAGCGAAAGUACGAAUCUGAUCGAUACGAUUGUGUUUCAACAGCAUUUACCCCACCACUUGUCGAGCAUCUUGAAAAUGUGUAA